AUGGGUCGUGUUAGAACCAAGACUGUAAAGAAAGCUGCGCGCGUCAUCAUUGAAAAAUACUACCCGAAGCUCACCCUGGAUUUUCACACAAACAAGCGAUUGUGUGAGGAAAUCGCGAUUAUUCCUAGCAAGAAGCUUCGCAAUCGUAUCGCCGGUUUCGUGACGCAUCUGAUGAAGAGAAUCCAGCGGGGUGCAGUGCGCGGUAUUUCAAUCAAGCUGCAAGAAGAGGAGCGCGAGCGCAGGGACAACUACGUUCCGGACAUCUCUUAUAUCGAAGCCAUGGAUAUCCUGGAAGUGGAUCAGGAGACCAAGGAUAUGUUGAAAGAACUCGAUUUCAACAACAUCCCUAAUCUUCAAAUUCUGCCUGCCGGGACAGCUUGA